ACACACUUACGAUGAAGUCUCAUGGGUAUAUUGGGUCGAUUGCUUCGUACUAGUUAAUUCAUCUCCUGGUCUGACAAGGUACUUUACCUGUCGAGCGAUAGUGGCCUUGUUUCUAUAACUGUACCCCUGCAGAUAUAUCAUGUACACCUGUGAGCGAGGGGUCAUUUUCCAAAGCUUCCAUCACCAACUCAUCACUUGACUCAGCUUCACUCAACUUAUUAACUCGGCUCAACUGAGCUCAACUGAGCUUGGCUCCUGCGUCCUCUUGAAAGUCCUUCCUGACGGGCUCUUUGGAAACAAAGAGGAAAAGAAAACGAAGAGGGGAAAAUGAGCAACAAUACCGGAAUCAAUACCGGAAUCAAACCGAAGGAGAUCACGGUCAAGGUCCGUCCAGUAUCCGAAUGCGACCGCAGUCAAGACAAGGCAACUCUUCAAGGGUUUUCAAGAGCAUGGGUCAACAAGGAUGCCCUCAUAUUCCUCACCGGGGGUGUUGAGAGCGGUAAACGCUGCUGGGUUGAGCGCACUGUCCCUGCCACGGCUACCGCUGCCCCCAAAGAUGCGACCUCAGAGACAGCACCGGGUUCAUCACCUGGCUUAGGCGAUCCUGUCCGCCGACAGGCGCUUCUUUCGUUGUUGCCAGGCUCCAAGAUGCCCCAGAACAUCGUCUUCAUGACAGAAGCCUACCGGAAGGCUUGCGGGUUUCACCUUGGGGAUAUUGUGACCAUCAGACCGGACCAAGAUAUGGCGGUACCGUCCGCCCAAUUCGUGGAGGCCGAGCCCCUGGAUGAGAUAGGCAGUGAGCAGGAGACUGCUUCUUGGGAGGGCGCCGCCUGGUUUCAGCUUAAACGCGCUGGUCACGUCCUGCCCGGUCUCCGAAUUGACUGCACCGUGGCCGGGUUCAAAAAGUCCCUUCAAAUCCGCGCCGUCGACUCAAAGACGGACAACGUCGCUUCAUUUGGCGAGACCUCGGUUAUUCGAAUUCGUAAUGUCUCGCCUCUCCCUGACGGCGUCCCUGCGGCCCCCAAGAAACUAGAGGUCACAGGCAUCCCCGGGCUUGCGGCCGAGGAGAAGAAACUCAAUCGCUUCUUCAGGGGGUUCAACACGACUUUCCUGCACAAGGGACAGCAACGAUCUUGCGGUAUCGUGAUCCACGGCGGACGAGGCGCCGGUAAGAGCUACGUCUUGGAUCGGAUUGCCGCCACUGGUUGGGGUAAGGUGUUUAGAAUCGAGGAGAACGACAAGUCUUCCACCGUCGAGGAAGCCUUCAAGCAGGCCAGCGCUCAACGGCCCAGCAUCAUCCUCGUCGACGGACUCCACGCCUUGAUAGGCAAGGACCGGCCAAACUCCGGCACCAUCGCCACCAAACUCGGCCAACAGCUGGACCAGCUAGCCGAGGAGGCCUGGAAGACCGACACCCUGCCGAAAGUUCUCGUGGUUGCCAGCUGCCUCGAUUACAUGACUGACGUGCCAGCCGAGCUGCAGAAACUGACUCGGUUCGAGCGAAACAUUCCGCUCUCCAUUCCGAACGCCCAGGGACGGCGGGAGAUCUUGGAGACAUUAAGCGGCCCCUUGCCUCCGGAGGACAAGGAAAGCAUGCUGACCAUGCUGGCCCAACAAACCCACGCGUUCAAUCCUUCGGAUCUCUGCCGCCUCAUGGGCCACGCCGUGGAAAUCCUGGCUGAGCGCCUCGACCCGCUCCAGGAGAACGCAACAACCUCGGAGGGGGAGCCGGUGCCCUUCGUCAGCAGGGAGGAUCUCGAGCAGGCUCUUCGUUCAACACGUCCCACGGCCAUGCAUGACGUGAAUCUCAAGCCGCCGACGAUCCACUGGCAAGAUGUUGGCGGGCAGGAGGGUCUCAAGAAAGCCCUGCGGAGGAUGAUCGCGCUCACGACAACGACGGACCCCGAGGUUCACAAGCUCAUCCUCGACCCUCCCAAGGGCCUCCUCCUCUACGGACCCCCCGGUUGCUCCAAAACGCUUUCGGCCCAGGCCAUGGCGACCGAAUCAGGCUUCAACUUCUUCGCCGUCAAAGGCGCCGAGCUGCUCAACAUGUACGUGGGCGAGUCGGAGCGCGCCGUGCGACAACUCUUCGAGCGCGCGCGGGCCGCCAGCCCGAGCAUCAUUUUCUUCGACGAGAUCGACUCGAUCGGCGGCGCGAGGAGCGGGGGCGGCGGGGGCGGCAGGGGUGGCAUCAACCGUUCGCAGGGCUCGGUCAACAUGCUGACGACGCUGCUCACCGAGAUGGACGGCUUUGAGGCCCUGACGGGCGUGCUGAUCCUCGCCGCCACGAACCGGCCGGAGGACAUGGACCCGGCACUCCUGAGACCGGGUCGCUUCGAUCGGGUCGUCUACGUCGGGCUUCCGGAUCUGGCGGGCCGAGAGGCCAUCUUCAGUAUGAACCUCGGCCGUCUGCGCAUCGCUGACGACGUCGACAUGGGCGAGCUGGCGGAGCUUUCGGAUGGGUUUUCGGGUGCCGAGAUCAAGCAGAUCUGCUCGAUGGCCUCCAACCGCGCCAUCGACGCGUGGCUGGACGGCGAGAGGUCGGGAGAGGAUAGCGUGAUUCGCAUGGGGGAUGCUGUGGAGGCUGUCAACACUUUACCGCGGGGUGUCACACCGGCCAUGUUAGACGAUUACGAGCGAUGGGCCAGACGCUUCGCGAAGCAGGUAUAGAAGAAAGCAUACGGAUAGAAAUGAAAAUACCCUGGUGUCUUGUAUCAGA